CGGAGCUGUCCGUGCUGGCUCCGUGUGCUCGGGAGAGGGCAGUGGGCUCCAGCGCCGCAUCAUGGACACGGGCUAAGCACGGGCUCGGCGGGGGGAUCCAGUCCGCCCUGGGAGUGGGGGGCACCUGAAGCCGCGGACACUCAUGACGCUGUGGAUUCUAUGAGCUGGCGGAAACUUGAGCCGACAGGUGCGAUGCCGGCUCCGGAGCAGACCCCUCUGAUGGAGGACGGCCACCAGAAGGUCGCGCAGGAAGCUCCCCCCAACGCUGGCAUGGAGCCCGAAACAACCGCCACCAAUAUUUUGGCAUCCGUAAAGGAACAGGAGCUGCAGUUCGAACGGCUCACCAGAGAGCUCGAGGUGGAGAGACAAAUCGUGGCCAAUCAGCUAGAAAGAUGCCGGCUCGGAGCGGAGUCGCCGAGCAUCGCCAGCGUCAGCUCCACUGAAAAGUCAUUUCCCUGGAGAUCUGCAGAUGUGCCAAGUGGAGGUCCAACCAAGCAGAGGCUGUCAGACUCAACAAAUCCCAAUCACUUCCUCAUAAGAUCUGAGCCAGAACCAGUUGCCAUGUAUUCCCCAGAGCAGACGUCGCUUCAUGAAAGUGAGGGAUCCCUCGGAAACUCGAGGAGUUCAACACAGAUGAAUUCGUACUCUGACAGCGGAUACCAAGAAGCAAGUAGUUUCCACAAUCACACUGUAGGGAAGUCCGAAAUAAGACAGCAUCAUUCCUUCAUGGGACCCAAUAGUAACCACGUGCUGAGGAGCUCGAGGGCAGAAGGACAAACCUUUGUUCAACCGCAGAACAGUAUGGCAGCUAACAGAGCUGUGAGGCGUGUCAGCUCUGUUCCAUCCAGAUCCCAGUCACCAUCUUAUGUCAUUGGAUCUGGAGUUUCUCCAUCUAGAGGAUCACUGAGAACUUCUCAUGGAAGUGGGUAUGGCUCCCCAUCUGUUACAGACCCACGGCUGCUUCCCACUUCAACCUCGUACUCUUCUACUACAUUGCCUUCUCAGAGAGCAGCUUCUCCGUACACCAUGCGCAGGUCUACUUCACCAACAUCGGUGAGAAGAAUGGGUUCCAUAGCUUCUCGACAAAACUCCAACCCAAACAGCAUGACUUCAUCUUACCAAACCUUAGGAACCUCCGGCCGCGUUGGCUCGCCUCUAAACUUAUCUGAUGGGCAAAACAGAAUUAGUUCUUCGUCGCAACUGCCUAUGAGCUCCACCUCUUCUCCAAAGCGGGCUGGCAUGACUGCUGUUCCACAACAUCUCGGGACAUUACAGAGGAACUUGCACGACAUUGACCCAUACGGUCAGCAACCUUACGAUGUUUAUGAAAGAAUGGUUCCACCCAGGCCUGAUAGCCUAACAGGCUUGAGGAGCUCGUACGCGAGUCAGCAUAGUCAGCUGGGACAGGACCCGCGUUCUGCGGUAUCACCUGACCUGCAGAUCACCCCCAUCUACGAGGGCAGAACGUAUUACAGCCCCGUCUACCGCAAUGCUAACCACGGAGCCGUUGAGCUACGGCAGGGCUCACAGACCGCCAUUUAUCGCACAGGGUCAGCUACCUACGCAGAGACGUACAGAUCGGUCCCGUACCGACGCGCAGAACCCAACUACGGCAGAAUGCCCCACGCAGCAGCGGCCGACGACGGGGCGACGAGGUCUCCAUCCAUCGACAGCAUCCAGAAGGACCCGAGGCAAUUUGCUUGGCGUGAUCCAGAACUGCCGGAGGUCAUUCACAUGCUGCAGCAUCACUUCCCAUCUGUGCAGGCCAAUGCAGCCGCCUACCUUCAGCACCUCUGCUUCGGAGAUCACAAGAUCAAGCUCGAGGUGUGCCGGCUUGGAGGGAUCAAACACCUAGUCGAUCUUCUUGAUAACAAAGUCCUGGAAGUUCAGAAGAAUGCUUGCGGAGCUUUGAGAAAUCUAGUCUAUGGCAAAUCGACCGAUGAAAAUAAGAUUGCCGUGAAGAAUGCUGGAGGUAUUCCUGCCCUUCUGAGGCUACUGAGAAAGACGAGUGACCAAGAAGUCAGAGAGCUUGUGACCGGGGUGCUGUGGAACUUGUCCUCUUGCGACGCUGUGAAGAUGACCAUCAUUCGUGAUGCUUUAUCUCCUCUCACCAACACUGUGAUAAUCCCACAUUCCGGGCUCAAUAAUUCUUCUUUCGACGACGAUCACAAAAUUAAGUUUCAGUCGUCUUUGGUUCUCCGUAACACCACUGGCUGUAUGAGAAACCUGAGUUCAGCGGGAGAAGAGGCGCGCAAGCAGAUGAGAUACUGCGAAGGGCUCGUGGACUCCCUGCUCUUCGUGAUUCAAACCUGCGUGAACACAUCUGAUUUUGACAGCAAGACCGUGGAGAACUGCGUGUGUACUCUGAGAAACCUGUCGUACCGCCUGGAAUUGGAAGUACCUCAAGCGAGAAUGCUCGGAAUUAACGAAAUGGACGAUUUCUGUAAGGAGUCCCCCAGCAAAGACUCAGACUCCAGCUGUUGGGGGAAAAAGAAGAAAAAAAAGAAAAAGCCGCCGCAAGAGGACCUGUGGGACGGGGUCGGACCGAUUCCUGGACUCUCCCAGUCUCCAAAAGGCGUUGAAAUGCUCUGGCAUCCCUCUGUAGUGAAGCCGUAUCUGACUCUUCUAGCCGAGAGCUCCAACCCGGCCACGUUGGAAGGUUCGGCCGGCUCUCUGCAAAACCUCUCAGCUGGCAACUGGAAGUUUGCGGCGUAUAUCAGGGGCGCAGUCAGGAAGGAGAAAGGACUCCCCAUCUUGGUUGAGCUUCUAAGGAUGGAUAACGACAGAGUUGUUUCUUCGGUUGCAACUGCAUUGAGAAACAUGGCAUUAGACGUACGCAACAAAGAGUUAAUUGGUAAAUAUGCAAUGAGAGACCUGGUGAACAGACUUCCCGGAGGCAGCACUCCUAGCGUUUUGUCUGAUGAUACGGUGGCCGCGAUCUGCUGCGCUCUGCACGAGGUCACGAGCAAAAACAUGGAAAAUGCCAAAGCUCUGGCGGACAGCGGCGGGAUCGAGAAGCUGGUUAACAUCACUAAAGGGAAGGGAGACCGAUCAUCUUUAAAAGUAGUUAAAGCUGCAGCCCAGGUCCUAAACACACUUUGGCAAUAUCGUGAUCUCCGCAGCAUUUAUAAGAAGGAUGGUUGGAAUCAGUCUCAUUUUAUUACGCCAGCAUCAACAUUAGAACGCGAACGGUUCAAAUCGCAUCCGUCAUUAUCCACCACCAAUCCGCAGAUGUCUCCUAUGAUGCAGUCAGUGGGAAGCACAUCGUCGUCGCCAGCGUUGUUAGGAAUACGAGAGCCUCACUCGGGGUAUGAGAGAACGCAGCCCUCUAUGCAAUAUUACAACAGCCAGGCAGACGGCGCCCUCAACAAGGACAUGUACAGCGGUUCCAGCAAACCGUCUCCCAUCUACAUCAGUUCAUAUUCAUCACCAGCGAGAGAUCAGAGCAGGCGGCAUCAGCCUCACCAGCUGUACUAUUGUCACGAAGACUCAAAUAGGAAAAACUAUGAUGCAUACCGAUUGUAUUUGCAGUCUCCACACAGCUACGAGGACCCGUAUUUCGAUGAACGCGUUCAAUACACAUCUGCCGCAGAUCAGAACGCGCAAUAUGGACUCAAAUCAACUACAAACUAUGUAGACUUUUACUCGACUAGAAGACCUUCCUAUAGAUCGGAGCCGUACCCGGGGUCUCCGGAUUCCUGGGUGUGACACGGAACAGAUGGACACUCUGCCAAUAAUCAUGCUUGAUCUGAUUUAUUUUUUUUCCUUUUGAAUGGCCUUAUUUACAUUUUUAUUUUAUUUUACUUCUGGUUUUGUUAUGAUGAAGGAAACUGAAAGUGAAAAUAUAAGAAGGAUCAUGGAGAGGAUCUUUUUUUCUUGCUUUUUGGAAGGGUUAUCGGGAAGGAGAGAGAGAUUUCGGCGAGGAAGGAGGGUGUUUUUGCUCUGUCUAGAUUGUAGGUCUCAAUGCUUGUAGCGCUGUAGUUUGGUGAUGGUGCAAGCUAUGUGAAAAAUGGUAUGAGUUUGGAGAAGUCGAUUUUGGGGAAACUGUUUAAGUCGAAUCAAGUCUUGGUCUAUUUUUCUUUCCUUUUUUUCUUUCAUUUUUAAUGUGAAUAAAGUCUUGUUCCAAUAGUUUGUACAGAGGUAUUGAUGAAACGAAUGCUUUGUUUUACCGUUAUUACUAAAUGUCUCCGCUAUAUGCUGCUCCGCCUUGUAAAUUUCUCUCACUGAUGUAAAUAGGGUUAUGCUAUAAGAGAUUGAAAGUGCCAUCAAACUGUACUGCAGUGUCUUUCAUUUUUGAAUCAUUGGAAGAAAAAAAAAACAAAGGUAUUUAAAGCUCUAUAUAAAUGCUAACAAAGGAUCAUCAUUUUUAAACAUAGUGUAAUUCCAGAGCAGAAAAUAUUCUCCACUUUUCUCCAUUCCCUGCCUUUCAUGGAAUGUUUCACUGCCAUUUUCUAUGCACACGGAAUUCAAAAUAAACGUGGAGGAUUCAUCCACAGAAAGCUGA